UCUUGUUGUUUCUUCCCCCUCUCUUUCCCUUCCCCACCGCCGUCGCCUGCUCUCUCUCUCUCUCUCUCUCUCAUAGCAAAUAAUCUCUCAUUCGAAACCUCCCUCCCUUUUCUCCGCUUGUUGCCCCCCCUCAAUCUCAAGGAGGACAUCGUCGAGAGAUCUGUGGUCGCCGAUAGAUCUGUGGCCAUCGCCAAGAGGUACACUGCCGUCUUCAACCGUGAACAUUUAACUCUUUAUGAGUGGGAGAUAUCUGAUAACAAGCAACUUCCUAUCAUGCUACUUGGCGUGAAAGCCAUUGUAGAGACCCACUACAAUAUUUUAUCUGUUAAGGAAGAUGCAAGCUAUGAAGAAAUUCGUACAAGCUACCGAUCUGCCAUCCUUAAUUCCCAUCCAGAUAAGUUGCAGAAGACAUCAGAGACAUCUGAUCCUGACCAAGAGUUGAGGGAAAGAUUUUUGAAGGUACAGAGAGCUUGGGAAGUCCUCAGCAAUUUGAGGUUGCGGGCAGUUUAUGAUAGUGAGUUGCGAGAUUUGAGACAGGAUGCUGUAGCUGCAGAUGAUAUCAGCUUGGAGGAUAUGAUGGUUGAAGAUUCUGGAGAUGCAUUGGAGCUCUUUUAUCAGUGUCGAUGUGGUGAUUACUUCUCUGUCGAUUCUCUGGAGUUGGGAAAAAUGGGAUAUGUAUUGUUGAGAGAGGGGAAUAAGAUUUCUUUGCAGACCCCAGAUGCUUCACUGGCAUCGGUGGUUCUUCCAUGCGGGUCUUGUUCAUUGAAAAUUCGGCUAUUGAUUAACUCGGAUAUUUUCAUUUCAAUCGACGAUAGUUUGGCUUGAUUGUGCUGUUGUCGUGAAAAGGCUUAGAUUUGACCACAGCUCCUCAUCCUUGUGCUUGAAUUCCAUGCCAUAGUAUCUUUCUUGCCUAAUGUCUUCCAGGCAAUCAGUUGGAGCUGUGGAGGAAGACGCCAUAAAACUGCAGCUGUGAGCUGUGAAGAAAACAAUGAAAACAGAGAUGAACAAAGUAUGCAUCAUGGGAUACACAAAACAUGCCGCGAAUGAACAAAAUAAUUAGUUUCGGGUUGCUGGAGGAAAGUUAAAUUUGUUUAAUUUCCCUUACUGAUUAAUGUCUCCGAUUACAUGCUGUUGAUCCUUGAGAACUCAAUUUUACUUUGAAUUCACUUAGACCCUUUUAAA